AUGUUUCUGGCAGCAGCGGCUCCUUGCACAGCAGCGGCUCCUGCCCCGGCUGCAGCGUUGCUAAGCAGUCUUGACACUUCCAGUUGGGGUGGUAGCAAAUGCUGCUGUGGGGCGCAGCAAAGCUGUCGGGCCGCGGGGGGAGUGCUGCUGCUGCGCUGCUGCGGCCUUCGGCGGCAUCUGCUGCUGCUGCUGCUGCUGCUGCUGCUGCUGCUGCUUCCCCCUCUAGGGCGCCCUCCAAGGGGUACAGAGGCAGCACCGGCGAAGGGCCGAAGGCGGGGGGAAUGCCUUGCAGCUGCGGGUGCUGCGGGCUCUGCUGCUGCGUUUCCUGCUGCUGCUCGGGCUGCUGCAGCUCCUGCUGCUGCUGCUGCUGCGGCUCGUGGUGGUGCUGCUGCGGGUGCCUCUGCUGCUGCUGCUGCCGCCGCAGCCCCCGCGCCUCCUCCUUCCACUUCUCUCUCGGGACCCUGCAGCAAGAAUUUGGGUUUUGUCUUUCUUGCAAUUCGAAAGGGAGUGCAGCAGCAGCUGCAGCAGCAGCAGCAGCAGCAGCAGCUUUCCCUCUGCACUGCACAUCCACAUGAAAUGGCUCCUUCUCCUCAGGCCCUUCUCUCCCCCGUGCCCCCUCGCCCAGCGGAGACGCGAUGCCCGCAGCAGCAGCAGCAGCGCCAGCAGCAGCAGCAGCAGCAGCAGCAGCAGCAGCAGCAGCAGCGGGGGGGCCUCUGCUGCCGCCGCCGAGCAAAUCGCCUCCCGCUCCUCCCCCGUCUGGCGCAGUGCUCACAGAAGAGCCCAAAGUGCUGUCGGGGUAUUCUGCGAAAACAAAAAACAAAAACAAAAAAAGAAAAAACAAAAAUAAAGUGA